AUGAAGUACAUUGUGGUAUCUGGAGGCGUCAUCUCUGGGGCAGGGAAAGGCAUCGUUGCUUCGAGUGCAGGUCUGCUGCUGCAAAGCAAAGGAUUUAUCGUCACCACCAUCAAGAUAGACCCCUAUAUCAACAUCGAUUCGGGGACUAUGAGCCCACUCCAUCAUGGGGAAGUAUAUGUGACAGACGAUGGGGGUGAGGUAAAUCUUGACCUCGGCAACUUCGAGCGUUAUCUUUCAACCACUCUCCGGCAUGGUCAUAACAUCACGACUGGGAAGAUCUAUCUAGACAUCAUCUCUAGGGAACGAGCCGGUGAUUAUUUAGGCAAGACUGUUCAGGUGGUGCCUCAUGUCACCAACGCCAUUCAGGAAUACAUCGAACGGACAGCGAAGAUACCUGUGGACGAGUCCCAAGCCGAGCCUGAUAUCUGUAUUAUCGAACUAGGUGGCACCGUGGGCGAUAUCGAAAGUUCUCCCUUUAUCUACGCUCUUGCUCAGCUUCGAAAGAGGGUUGGCAAAGAAAACCUUGUUCAGAUUCAUGUAGCUUACGUCCCUGUCGUGCCGCCAGGAGCUUCUGGUGAGCAAAAGACGAAGCCAACUCAAAGAUCCAUUUCCGACGUUCGGAGCGCUGGAUUGAGUCCACUCCUGAUUGCAUGCCGCUGCGAGGUACCAUUGGAUCCAGGUACUAUCCAGAAAAUCGCCAAUAUGUGCUCAAUGAAACCGGAACAAGUCAUUUCCGUGCACGACGGGCCAACCACAUAUCACGUACCGCUUCUCCUCGCGAAACAGAAUCUUCUCGGCAUCCUCUGCGAGUACCUCGAACUUCCACUUGAUCGAACACCCAGCCGGCGUAUAGAACAAGGCAAGCGCAUGUGGGGUGACUGGCUUCAUCUUGUUCGAAGUCAAGAUACCAUAACCGACACAGUCUCAAUCGCGCUUGUGGGAAAAUACACGUCCAAUAAAGAUGCCUACCUUAGUGUUUCCAAGUCAAUCGAACACGCGGCCAUGUACUGUCACAAGAAUGUCAAAAUCAUAUGGAUUGACGCCGCGCAUCUCGAGGAGAAGACCUAUCAAGACUCUCCAGUCAAGUAUCACAAAGCCUGGAAUGACCUCUGCAGCGUCAAGGGCAUUGUCGUGCCUGGUGGCUUUGGUCCUCGCGCUACCGGUGGGAUAAUCAAGGCGAUCACAUGGGCAAGGAGUAAGAAAAAGCCAUUCCUAGGCGUAUGCCUUGGCAUGCAACUUGCAGUGGUCGAAUAUGCCCGCCAUGUCAUGGGUAUCCCGGACGCUGGGAGCCAAGAGCUCCACCCUGAAUCCAAGAACCAUGUAAUCGUUUACAUGCCCGAACACAAUCAAGAGAAUGGAACUGACACCAUGCGUCUUGGAAAGCACCCAUGCAUCUUCAAGGAGGGUACCGAGUGGUCAAAACUGCGAUCGUUGUAUGGCCCCACGGUUUCCCAGAUUGAGGAACGUCACCGAAACCAGUACGAAAUCAACCCGGAAAUGGUUGAAGAGCUUGAGAAGGCCGGUCUUGCUGUUGUUGGCAAAGACUCUACCGGCAAGCGUAUCGAAAUUGUUGAGAUCCAUGAUCAUCCCUUUUUCGUCGGUGUGCAAUUCCAUCCUGAAUUUUUGAGUUUUGUGCUGCGGCCUAGCAAGGUCUUUCUCGGCUUCUUUGCUGCUGCGGCUGGGUGUUUGGAAAAGGUCCCUAUGUCACUGCAACAGGGCCAGCGAAGCCUCGUGGAAGACUACUAA